AUGCGCUGCUUUAGAGCGACGUUGCGCGCGCUGGAACUGGUGCCCGUGCUGCUGUGCGCGAGCUACGUGGUGACGGCGGGCUGGGAGCUCACACUCCUGCACACUAACGACGUGCACGCGCGGGUGGAAGAGACCAACAAGGACUCGGGCAAAUGCACAAAAGGAAACUGCUUCGCUGGGGUGGCACGAAGAUUCACAAAAAUUGAAGAGAUCCGGCGAAGUGACAAAAACGUGCUGCUGCUGGAUGCGGGGGAUCAGUUUCAGGGUACAGUCUGGUUCAACUUCUAUAAAGGCACGGAGGCUGCCCACUUCAUGAACAAACUACGCUACGAUGCCAUGGCUCUGGGAAACCACGAGUUUGACAAUGGUGUGGAGGAUCUUAUGAAAUUCCUAGGGCAGGUAAACUUUACUGUGUUAAGCGCUAACAUCAAAGCUAAAGAACCUGUUGCAUCAAAGAUCAGCGGAUUAUAUUUACCUUAUAAAAUCUUCAACAUUGACUCAGAGAAAGUGGGUGUGGUAGGAUACACAUCUAGAGAGACUCCUACUCUGUCUUUGCCAGGGCCAUAUCUGAGUUUUGAGAAUGAGAUCGCUGCACUACAGCUGGAGGUAAAUAAACUCAUCACUCUUGGUGUGAACAAGAUCAUCGCUCUUGGCCACUCUGGAUUCGAUGUGGAUAAAGAAAUUGCCAAGAAGGUCCGGGGCGUAGAUGUGGUCAUCGGAGGCCACACAAACACCUUUUUAUUUACAGGGCAGCCCCCAUCCUCUGAAGUGCCAGCAGGACCUUACCCAUUAAUGGUAGACUCAGAUGACGGGCGCAAGGUGCCGGUGGUGCAGGCCUAUGCUUUUGGGAAAUAUCUUGGCUAUCUAAAAGUGACCUUUGACUCUGCUGGAAAUGUGCAACAGGCUACAGGAAACCCAAUACUGCUGCACAGCAACAUUACAGAAAAUCCUGGCAUCAAGUCUGAGGUGGAUGCCUGGAAGGUGAACUUGGCUAAUUACUCCUCGAAAUAUGUGGGAACGACAUUGGUUUAUAUAAACGGCACAUUUGAGGAGUGUCGCUUCCGGGAAUGCAACAUGGGAAACCUAAUCUGCGAUGCCAUGGUUCAUCACAACAUCAAAUAUCCAGAUGAGGUCCAGUGGAACCAUGUUAGUGCUUGUAUUACUAAUGGAGGGGGAAUCCGAGGCCCCAUCGAUGAGUGCAGUAGAAAUGGUUCCAUCACGUUGGAGGACGUGCUCUCGGUGUUGCCGUUUGGUGGGACAUUUGAUUUGGUUAAACUGAAGGGCUCGACUCUGCUGAAGGCCUUUGAACACGGUGUACACAGAUACGGCGGAAGCAACGGGGAAUUCUUACAGGUCUCAGGUAUUAAGUUAGAGUUUGACCUGUCCAAGCCCUCUGGUAAGAGAGUGAACAAGGCAAGUGUGCUGUGCACUGAGUGUAGAGUACCACGAUAUGAGCCACUGGACCCGAACAAAGUGUACAACUUAGUAAUGCCAUCCUAUAUAGCUGACGGAGGAGACAAUUUCACCAUGAUCAAGGAGGAAAAGCUUAAACAUGAAUAUGGCGACGUGGACUAUUCUGUCAUCUCCAGCUAUAUCACAGAGAGAAAAAGGGUUCAUCCCGCGGUUGAGGGACGAAUUGUUUUCAUAAACUCUGCUGUAGGAAGAUUCAGUCACCUGACAGCAUUGCUGCUAUUUGGGCUGCAGUUGGUUUUCUUAAUGAGUUUGUGAUGUUAAUGUAACUUUUAUUAAUGUAUAUCUGUGUAUAGUUUGAACAUAGAUUAUGUCUGUGCUGUUUUGUAUAUGUAGAGUAUUUUUGGCCUUGUUCACUACAGAAACCUUGUUUUCUAUUUUAGUGCCUUAAAAUUGUAAUGAAUAAGUGUAGAUGUGAUUUAUGCACCUGUAAACUGUGGAAUUAAUUUAACUGAAACAUCUAAAACAUCAAGCAUAUGUUUAAAAAUAAUUAUGACAAAUAAGCACCUAAAAAUGUCAUCAGGAGACAUUUAAAAGUUUAUUAAAAGCUUAUUUUCAGUCAAAGCUACCAGAUUCAUUCUGUCUUCAAUUUACAUAGAACAUACAUAUUUAAUAAGGAUGUAACAAUACACUCUUCCCGCGAUGCGGUUCACAAUACAAUUUUUUCAAACCAAAUGAAAUUGAAGACAAAUGAUGAAAAAGUUUUUUAUUUCUGAGGUAGGUACAAACUAUGCCAAAUAAUGCUUUUUGUGU